AUGUCCGCCGCAGAGGAGGAGCGGGCGGAGGAGGAGGAAGAGGAGGAGACCCAGCCGGUGGAUCUCAUCGGCAACCGGCUGAAGGAGGACGUGCUCGAGCAGAAGGGCCGGCUGCAGCGCCAGGUCGCCAAAGAUGUGCAGCCUCCGGAUCCGGCCAGCAUCCGCGUGCUGCGGGGACACCAGCUGCCCGUCACCUGCCUGGUCAUCUCUCCAGAUGACCGGUUCAUCUUUUCCGCUUCCAAGGACGGCUCCCUCAUCAAAUGGGACGUGGAGAGCGGGAAGAGGCUGUGCGUGGUGCCUGGGGGGAAGAAGGGCACCGAGGAGCAGCACAUGGGGCAUGCAUCCCACGUCCUCUGCAUGGCCAUCUCGUCGGAUGGCAAGUACCUGGCCACGGGAGACAGGAACAAGCUGAUCAUGAUCUGGGACACAGUCACCUGCAAGCGCCUGCACAUCUUCACCGGGCACCGCGACGCCGUCUCGGGUCUGUCCUUCCGAAAGGGCACACACCAGCUGUACAGUGCCUCCCACGACCGCUGCGUCAAGGUCUGGAACGUGGCAGAAAACGCAUAUGUGGAGACCCUCUUUGGGCACCAGGAUGUUGUCACAGGGCUGGACAGCCUGAGCCGGGAGUGCUGUGUGACAGCGGGGGGACGGGAUGGCACCGUGCGCCUCUGGAAGAUCCCCGAGGAGUCGCAGCUCGUGUUUUAUGGACACCAGGGCUCCAUCGACUGCAUCCAGCUCAUCAAUGAAGAGCACAUGGUAUCAGGUGCUGAUGACGGGUCCGUAGCCCUGUGGGGGCUGACGAAGAAGAAGCCGCUGGCGCUGGCCCGGCAGGCACAUGGCAUGCAGGACGCCCAGGGCCUGCAGCAGCCAUACUGGAUCUCAGCAGUGGCCGCCCUGCGCAACAGUGAUCUCCUGGCUACAGGCUCCCACAGCGCUAGUGUGAAGCUCUGGAAGUGUGGAGAGGGAUUUCGGAAGCUGGAGCCCCUCUGGGACAUCCCCUUGGUGGGUUUUGUCAACAGCCUCAAGUUCUCAGCAGCUGGUGACUUCCUCGUGGCUGGCAUUGGACAGGAGCACCGGCUUGGCCGGUGGUGGAGAGUCAAAGAAGCCAAAAACAGCAUCUGCAUCAUCCCCCUGAAAGGGAGGGCCGCAGCCCCCAGCCCUGAAGUCCCUGACAGCUCCUAGCCCUCUGCUCUUGGAGAUGCUGGAGCUGGAUCAUUAAACCCCUGUCCCUGGAGCUGGGUCCUGCGUCCUUCAUGCACCCACCCUCCUGGGGCUGGUGGGACUCUGCCCUCUGCGAGGGCCUGUCCCUUUCCCUCAGGUUCAGCUGGACCUGAGCUCUGGAAGAGUCCAUUUAAAAAAAA